AUGCGUCUGUCAAUCUUGUUCAACGGCUUUUUGGUCGUUUUGGCGGCCAAAAGCUCUAUAGCGGACAGCUCUGCUACUUCUACAGAGAGCAGCCAAUGGAACUCCGAUUGGCGCUCCUGUCCAAGUAGCUGUGAUGGAACUACCGAGUCAUCUGAGUGGGAUUCCUAUCAUGAUAUCAAUUUCUUGACUGCUUGCAAUCAAACUAUGCUCAUGGACCUGUCUGUGCAUAAUACUCUCCAUCGACAGGAUGGUCAUGUCACGAUUCGGGCAUAUACCGUAUCAAACAAAAGUUCUGAUGGAGCUCUCUCGCUAUCUAAAGUUGUUUCAACGCUGUCAAGCCCCGGGAAAGAAGUCACCUUCCAAUACGGAUCACACGGACCAGCAGACCAACCUAGCUCCAAUGCCCGCAUUGCCCUACAGAAAUUGCAGAGCAGCAUGACCUUACCACCCAAAAUUGUUGAUUUUACGACUCUAUUUGCUAUCUUAAACAACACUGUUGUGGGUAUGCACAUCGGUCAAAGUAUCAAAAAGGAUGGAGCAUCUGCGUCUUUAUCCAAGCUGAUUCAGCAUGUCGACGCGGAAAGUAUCUCGCCCCGAAGUAUUCUCCAAUACUGUGGUCUUGACUCGGAUCAUAUCUUCGGUAUCUUUAUCAGCACUUCUGGCGAUCUAGCAUCCGCUCAGGAUGUCUCUGGAUUUGACGAGACUAAGGAGCUACCGCCGAUUGAAUUGGAUAUAUCUCAGGUUCGGGUUAUCAAUAGAACAAGUUAUGCGGCCGGACGCCGCCGCUUAUUUACCCAUAGAAACUCUCACAUUCAUGCUCGCGGAACAUGCUCGACAAUUCAGGUCAGCGGUGGUGAUUAUUGCGCGAAAGUAGCUGCUGAAUGUGGUAUUUCCCUCGCAGACUUUCAAAAGUACAACCCUGACAAGAAUUUGUGCGAUCCACUUAUGCUUGGGAGACAUGUCUGUUGCUCUGCCGGCACUCUACCUGACUUUGCGCCAAAGCCGAACUCUGAUGGAACCUGUAAAAGCCACUACGUCACAUCAGUGGAUACAUGUUCUACGCUUGCUGCAGCUUAUUUGAUUACUCAAGAACAGCUCGAAACUUUUAACAAAAACACCUGGGGCUGGAUGGGUUGUGGUGAUCUACAGGCCAAAUCAACUAUCUGUUUGAGCAGUGGUGAUCCCCCGAUGCCUGCUACUGUGCCAAAUGCUGUUUGUGGACCACAGAUGAACGACACAAAAAGACCUACAGAUGGCACACCUCUUGAAUCUCUCAAUCCUUGCCCGCUCAAUGCAUAUUGUGACAUCUGGGGCCAGUGUGGAAUCACUAGGGAUUUUUGCACAGCUAGUGAAUCCACGACCGGAGCGCCAGGAACUGCCAAGGGCGGCUCGAACGGCUGUAUUUCCCACUGUGGAACUGAUAUUGUCAACAACGAUGAAGGGCCGGAUGAAUUCUGUAGAGUUGGCUACUUUGAAGCUUUCAACUGGGAUCGGUCAUGUCUAAAUAUGGACAUUGCCAGCUUUGACACUUCAAAAUAUACACAUGUGCACUUCGCAUUUGCGCAGAUAAGCAGCAGCUAUGGUAUCAAUGUUAGCGGCAUUGAGGAUCAGUUCCAGAGGUUCACUGCCCUGAAAGAAGUCAAACGAGUUUUGUCUUUUGGCGGAUGGUCUUUCUCAACAUCUCAGGAUUCCUUUCCUAUCUUUCGUCAAGGGGUUACAGAAGCCAACCGCAAGAAGUUCGCCCGGAAUGUCGUUGACUUCUUAGAUGAGCAUGAUCUUGAUGGUGUGGACUUUGACUGGGAGUAUCCGAGUGCCCCUGAUAUCCCUGGCAUUCCAGCAGGCAGCAAGAGCGAUGGCCCAAACUAUCUGCAAUUCCUCAAAGAAGUGAAGGGAAGUUUGCCUAAGGGACGUACUCUGUCAAUAGCAACACCGGCAUCUUUCUGGUAUCUCAAAGGCUUCCCCAUCAGCGAGAUGUCAAAGGUGGUUGACUAUAUUAUUUACAUGACCUAUGAUCUUCACGGGCAAUGGGACUACAAUCAUCACUGGGCUGUACCUGAUUGUCCAAACGUGGAUACCGGCUGCUUGCGAUCGCAUGUCAACCUGACAGAAACAAGACUCAGUCUCUCCAUGGUGACCAAAGCGGGUGUUCCUUCCCACAAAGUCGUUGUCGGGGUUUCCAGUUAUGGUCGGUCUUUUCAGAUGGCAAAGGCAGGUUGUACCGGUUCAGAUUGCGCAUUCACUGGCCCCGAGUCUGGAGCAAAGAAAGGUCGAUGCACCGACACAGCUGGCUACAUCUCCAAUGCUGAAAUCAAUGAAAUCCUCAAGAGUGACAAGACAGCCAAGAAGACUUAUGAUCAAGGGAGUGAUUCUAAUAUCGUGGUCUUCGACACCGACCAAUGGAUUGCAUACAUGGAUGAUGACACCAAAAGCUCACGCACCAACUAUUACAAAAAUUUGAAAAUGGGCGGAACUUCCGAUUGGGCUGUUGAUCUCCAGCAGUAUAGUAAUGGCGAAGGGGAAAGUGGUGGGGGUAACGGUGGUGAAUUGCUCUAUAUCGCUCUAACCCUCUGGCAAGAACAGUCGCCAGCCAUCGCCUGUGAACCUCCAUACACAUUUGUCAUGCCUCCGUACCCUAUAAACUUACAUGCUACCGUUGCAUGGCCAAACUGGACAACUUUGUUCCUUUACAGUACCAGUGGUGAAUUUGUUUCGACCAAGACAAAGAUCCUCACAGUCGAGGCUUUCGUCACUGACAUCACUCUUCCCUUCGUCACAUAUAGCAGUGGUAGUCCGACUCCCACGACCACUGCAGGUUGUGAGGGCUGCGGUACCUAUGAUUGCAAAGACUUUGGCUGUGAUAGUGGAUGUGGUACCUUUGCCUGCGGCGGCGGCUGCGGUAUCUUCGGCUGCGGUGGCGGCUGUGGUCUCCUUGGAUGUGGCGGCGGAUGUGAGAGUUGUGGUGGUGAUUCUUGUCCUCUGCAGGAGUGCGCAGGGGGUUGUGAGGCUGGCCAAUGCGGUGAGAACCCUCGAUCAACUGAGACAGAGUGUUCCGAGCUUAAGACGGCCACAAACUGCGCCGAAUAUUGCACUGUGACUACCAACGCGGCUCAUAUCACAACUACAUCCUGUACAAGUUCUGUUUGCGUACCAACUAUGGGCUGCACUGCAACUGGAACAACUACAACUAUUACUAGUGAAUCCGAGGCAGACGUUUGCCCGACUUCAUUCCCGUCCUAUCCGACGUCCCCCGAUGGAAUGGACCCCUUCCAAGGCUGUAAGCCCUGCUUCUGGCCAGAUAGCCCGAGCACAGUCGGAGUUUUCGAUCCUUCAAACCCCGAUCCCAACAAACGCGAUCUUGAGAAGCGUGAUGAUGGCUAUGCAACUUGGAGAUUACCUAAGGCGGGCAGAUGUCCUCCAGUACCAACUGCGGCAACAAUCACCUGGUCUGGCGGUGGCAGGUUCCUUGAUGAGGCUGUCGCUGGACAACUAGACGCCGAUAAGCUCAAGAUGCCACGAUGGUUGUCUAAGAUAACGGCAGACUGUGUGCCAACCAUAACUUCAGUUAACGAUGCGGCCAUGACUUCAUUAACAUCCGCAAGAAGUUCAUCGUAUGCGUCGCUCUCGGCGCAGAGUGGCAUGGAAUCGCAAGCUGCCGCAAUGAAACUCGAGAUAGACUACCAGCAGCCGACAAAUGAUCACGUUUGGGAGCGCAAUUGGAUAACGGAAUUCUACUCGGCAGCUAUUGGGAAUGGGGGCCCCACAUGUGAGGAAUUCAACCAAGUUUUCUUCACUCCGGGUUGUAGUGGUCACCCAGAUCUCUUCGGAAUGGUUCUCCGAGGAAUCGCGAACAACGAUGCUUGGGACUUCGUCGGUAUGACCCAUGAGGUGAAUGAUCAAAUCAAGGGAUUGAUUGGAGACAGUAAAAUGUUCAACGACCGAUAUAAGAAACUACAAAAGCUCAGUGACGGAAAAUUCUGGGGCAGAGGUAAAUCAAAUGAUGCUACAGUACCUCCGAUAGAUGCCGGGAGCGGACGAGAGAAGCUCAAGACUUUGAUCAACUUCCUAGCAGAGAUCGCAAUGUCCUGCGAUGUCUGGUCUAUGGAUGAGGUCUGGGCAAGUAUGGAUGCUUCGAACAAUAGGAUAUAUUCUGCGUUCAUCUAUGUUGAUGAGUACAGCAAGAUGAAUCAUGCAGAUAACCCAGGCCUCAUGCCUGAGACGGACCUUUCAUCACGAUACCAAUUAUGGAUGAAUGGGCGUGUGGAAGAUACUAUGUUUGGCAAUGCUAAACGAAAGGCUGAGCAACUUUGGAACAGAAUCAACAAUCAAUUUGACAAUCUUGCAGAGGAUACCGGUCCGAACCCACUAUCCCAAAAGGGUUGGGGCUUUGGGCCCCAAAGCCCAGCGGUCAAGAUUUCUUAUAUAUGGGCAGAAUUUGCCCCACCACCCCCAAAGCCCUCUCUUUUCCUACCCCCAAAGCCCUGA